AUGAAGCACGAACUCCACCGCGAUACGUCAGCCAACAAUGAUGAACGAUCUCGGACGACGCGCCCGGAACAAUCGGGCUUUCUGAAACAACAACGCCGAUUAACCCAUCAAUGUACAACAGGGAUCGCGACCUCUCCGCCGGCCGGAACGAAGAAACGGAUUAACGAAUUAGCUAAUGGCUGUACCUUGAUGAAUCGGCCGGUUCCAAGCAGGAAGUGGAACAACGACAUUUCACUGAAGGAAAUUUUCAGCCGUGAGCGCGCGUGGGACUCUCCUGAUCAAGUAGUGGAUAAUAGGAGCUGUGAAUCAUGGCUGUCAUUGCACGGAAUAAACAGUGUCAAAGGGAUGUAG